CACUGCCCAGAAAUAAAGGGCUAUAAGAAAAAAAAUACUAUAUAGUUUAUAGAAAAAUUAAUUGUUUUUUUAUAAAAUAUGGGAGGAAAUGACAAUAAUGGUGGCCAAGGCCAAGGGAAAAAGUAUGCACUUCUUGGUGUAUCUUGCAUACUUCUUGUGGCUAUGGUGGGCGCCGUCGCAGUUAGUUUAACAAAAGGUGACGACAAAGAACAAACAGCACAAAUCUCAAACUCACAAAAAAAUGUUGAUAUGCUAUGUCAAUCAACAGAAUACAAAGAAACAUGUCACAAAAGUCUUGAAAACGCGUCAUCAACCGACACGAAAGAGCUUAUCAAAGCAGCUUUCAGUGCAACAGCAGAGGAAUUACGGAAACACAUAAACAAUUCAGCACUUUAUCAAGAAUUGGGAAAAGACAGCAUGACAAAACAAGCAAUGGAAAUUUGCAACGAAGUUUUGGAUUAUGCCGUUGAUGGAAUUCAUAAAUCUGUUGGUACAUUGGACCAAUUUGAUUUCCAUAAGCUAAGUGAAUAUGCUUUUGAUAUCAAGGUUUGGUUAACUGGUACACUUUCUCAUCAACAAACAUGUUUAGAUGGUUUUGUAAAUACAACAACAAAAGCUGGUGAAACAAUGACUAAGGUUUUGAAAACUUCUAUGGAAUUAAGUAGUAAUGCCAUUGACAUGAUGGAUGUUGUUUCGCACUUCUUUAAGGGUUUCGAUCCAUCCCAAUAUGGUGUUAGUAGGAGGCUUUUAUCUGAUGAUGGUAUUCCUUCAUGGGUUAGUGACGGGCAUAGACAUCUUCUUGCUGGUGGAAAUGUUAAAGCUGAUGCUGUUGUGGCUCAAGAUGGGAGUGGACAGUUUAAGACAUUAACUGAUGCUCUUAAGACUGUUCCUCCUCAAAAUGCAGUACCUUUUGUGAUCCAUGUUAAGGCUGGUGUUUAUAAAGAGACUGUUAAUGUUGCUAAGGAAAUGAAUUAUGUUACUGUCAUUGGCGAUGGUCCUACCAAGACCAAAUUCACUGGUAGCCUCAACUAUGCUGAUGGUAUCAACACUUACAAUACUGCAACUUUCGGUGUUAAUGGUGCAAACUUCAUGGCAAAGGAUAUUGGCUUCGAGAACACAGCAGGAACGAAUAAACAUCAAGCAGUUGCCCUCCGAGUAACAGCAGAUCAAGCAAUAUUCCACAACUGUCAAAUGGACGGUUUCCAAGACACACUCUACGUCCAAUCCCAACGUCAAUUCUACCGUGACUGCGCCAUCUCUGGCACAAUUGACUUUGUUUUUGGUGACGCCUUCGGAGUUUUCCAAAAUUGCAAACUAAUUUGUAGAGUGCCAGCAAAAGGCCAACAAUGUCUAGUAACCGCAGGUGGACGAGAAAAACAAAACAGCGCAAGUGCUCUAGUUUUCCAAAGUUCUCACUUCACAGGUGAACCAGCACUAACAUCGGUAACACCCAAAGUAUCUUACCUAGGAAGACCAUGGAAGCUGUAUUCCAAAGUUGUCAUAAUGGACUCAACCAUUGAUGCUAUUUUCGUCCCUGAAGGUUACAUGGCAUGGAUGGGAAGUGCUUUUAAGGAUACAUGUACUUAUUAUGAGUACAAUAAUAAAGGUCCUGGUGCUGACACAAAUUUAAGAGUUAAAUGGCAUGGUGUUAAGGUUUUAACUUCAAAUGUAGCAGCUGAAUAUUACCCUGGUAAAUUCUUUGAGAUUGUUAAUGCAACUGCACGUGAUACUUGGAUUGUGAAGUCUGGUGUUCCUUAUUCACUUGGACCUAUGUAAUCCGGCAGCUUUUUUCCUGUGGUCA